UGGACCUCGCACACCUUCCAGGGGUGGCACGUUUACGGGCUGAAGAAAGGCGUGUCAAUGCUGCAGAUGAACGCCAUGCGGUACCACCGCGACCCAACGACCAUGAUAUGAGAGUGCACAACUCCCCCUCCCCCUCAUUCGCGUUGCGUGAACAGCAACGCAAGCGCUGGCAAACAAAAACAUGCCGCUUUUGCAUGACAAAUUCCUGAGAGGAUUGUAGUGCUGUUUUGGCCUACUUCGGAAGUUGUCAUGCACAAGGUGCUUCUAACAGGCAGAAGAUAGUUAGAUUUGGGAUUUUGCAUGACAAAUGAGGGCGAGGCGGUGGAGUUGUUCACUGUCAUACAUGAAAUUCGGCCACCUCAAGGAGGAAUGGACCACCUGGCGCCAAAACGUAGCGCAUCGCGGCCUGUUUCAGAACAUUUGGCAGACGGGGAUACGCGGGUUUGAGCAUAUCGAAAGGAAAAAUCCCCCCUCCCUAUAUCGAAAUGGAAAUCUGUGAUGCGGGAUUUGUGUACACAAAUCAGGUUUGUAUUGCAGGAUGGCACUGCGGCCACAUCCCCAGGCUAGGUAGGGGCGUAUCGGUCUAGUUGUUCAGCAUGGCAAACGGCUCCCCUUUAGGCCCAGCAGCAUGACAAAUCGCCUCCAUAAUGGGGGCGAAGCUUUUGCCCUUGUCUUCUUGCAAGACAGACGCGAUUUGUGGCCUCAAAUCAGCAACGCAAAUCGUCGGAGACAUAUCUUUUCGAUAUGGGGAGGGCGGAUUUUUCCUUUCGAUAGAGCACUCGCUGGAGUCUUCCGCGGGAAUGGGCGACAAGACCACCAUAUGCAUUGCAAAAGUAUCGUACUCCUACUCGUAUAAAAAUAAAUACAUGACAAAUUUUCUCAGCAUGAGAAAUAAAAUUUGUCAUGCUGAUUUACCUUACGAAUAAUAUUUGUAAUGCAAGACCUGCGUUUAUACGAGUACGAUACUUUUGCACAGGAUACACCACUCCGGCGACCACCAAGACAUGGGGCCAGACUAUUCGCGACGCCUGGGACGACUAUCCUGAUUAAAAACGUCCCCACAACAGAGUCAAGAUGGGGAAUCUGCUAGACAGAUCAACCAGCUUUGGGUGUUUGGCAUGACAAGUUUGUCCUCGUAGUGUAAUCCUGUUUAGCUAGUUCAGAAGCAUCACAGACCUAGCAUAGAAGCAUGCUGAUUCUAGCAUAGCAAAUAACUCCAAAACACAAAUAGAAAAUGCUUCUCAAUGGGCUCCGCAUGAGAGACUUUUUUGGCAUGCAGAAUUGCAUCACAACUACGGGGCGGGGACGUUUUUGCGUGGGAUAACGACCCCUACGCAGCCAUGAACCAGGUAAAGACUACGGCGGUGGCGGGUCUCGAGUAUCAAAUGCAAAUAUGUCUGGGUCUGGAAAUUUGUGAUGCUAAAAUGUGCAUGAUGAAAACAGUUCCUCAUGCAGGAAAGCAUGACAAGGCUGCACACUGCUUUAUCAUACGAACUCCGCAUGAGAAUAAAUUGCGUUUUUGUACAACCACGUGCGAGGCUGCCACUUUUGUUGGUCAUGCAACACAAAUUUCACAGGAAUGCAAGACCAGCAUUACAAGUUCCAACUUUCCAGACCCGGACAUAUUUGCAUUUGAUAUCGAGCAGGCCAAGCAGAAAGCUUCGGACACGUACACCACCUACGUGAGCCCGUACACCACCAUGGUGACUGAUAAACUUAUCAAAAGGAAAAAUCCCCCCUUCCUAAUCCUAUACUACAAAGGUAUAUUUUUGGAAAUUUGCGAAGGUGAUUUGUGGUCACAAAUCGUGUCUGUCUUGCAAGAAGGCAGCCCCGCAGUCUCCGCCGCAUUGUGCAGGCGGUUUGUCAUGCUGUUGGGCCUACUACAGCGCGGCCGUUUAUCGUGCUAAGUGCCUAGGCCAAAACCUCUCUACUUACCCUUAGUAUCGGCCUGCAGUGCUAUCCAGAAAGACCGAUCUGAUUUGUGUACACAAAUCCAGCAUCAGAAGUUUCGUUUUGAUAUGGGGCGGGGGGAUUUUUCCUUACGAUAAAACUGAAGGACUAUUUUCCGACCGUGAUGAGCCUCGCCCCCGAAGGCGCCACCGUGGCGGUAACGGAAAUCGUGCUAUCAACUGUAAAAGUGUCUGGGUCUGGAAGAAUCCAACUUGUCAUGCUGAUUUUGGAUUCUGAAAAAAUCUGUAUUGCAUGAGCAGCAAAGAGAGUCCAAGUUUUGCUACACGGAAAGAGCAUUUGUCAUGCGGUAUAGGCAUCAGGAAGCCCUCACAAAGUCUGUGAUGUUAGGGCAUGCAUCACAGCCAUCAGGAGUCAUGCAAAUUGUGCAUGACAAACCUGGCAAUCUUCCAGACCCAGACACUUUUACAUUUGAUACGUGCAGGAAGGGGCGGAUGACGCGAUGGUAGUAUGACAGUGCACAACUCCCCCCCCUUCUCAUUUGUCAUGCAAAAUACCCAAUCCACCCAUUGGCUCUUAGCACUGUUUGCAUGACAAGUUCUGGUUGCCCAACUAGCACUACACUCCAGUGCAAAUUUGUCAUGCAAAACCGGCAUUCUUGCUUAGUACCCUUAGGUUCGUUUGUAUUGCCGUUCAUGCGAUACAAAUGAGGAGGAGGGGGAGUUGUGCACUGUCAUAGGUAGCGGGUACCAUCCACAAGUCCGGUGAUCUGCUCGGAAACCUUAUCCUGAGUAAAAACGUACCCACACCAGAGUCAGGAUGAGGAUUUUGCAACACAAACCUAGGAGUUUUGUGAGUCACGCAUGACAAGUUGCGCUAUGCAGCGUAGUGCAGGUUAGCAAGUGCAGCCGCAUCACAGAUUCAUCUGCUCAUCCUGUUCACAGCAUCACAAAUUCCAAAACACGAUUGGAAAUGGCUCUCAUGCGGAUGCGCAUUGCAAGUCUUCCUGUCUUUGCAAAUCUGCAUUACAACUCUGGUGUGGGUACGUUUUUCCUCAGGAUAAACCUGAUGAACUCGCUGAAACAUCACGUAGGAAUAUCAAAUGCAAAAAUGUCUGGGUCUGGAAACUUGUGAUGCUGAGUGGCGUAGCAUGAGGAGGCCACGAGUGCUGGCUCAGCAUGACAAAUUUCUGAGCUUGUAGAUGUUGCCUAUUCUGCAUGACAAACAGCGUCUCCGCAUGACAGAAAAGCGCGGCUCUUGGGCAACGUGCAUGACAGAUUUAAGAGUCAUGCCAGAGAAGCAUGACAAACAUUCACUCUUCCAGACCCAGACAUUUUUACAGUUGAUAAGGAAGGUUUGCAAACAAGAUUGCCAGCCACCUGGCAACCAACGCCCCGCGCACCUACGCGGCCACUUCGAGCGCGGUGGCAAUUGGGUCCGUGGUGGCGCAGCACACCGUUAUGGAUUGCAAAAAUGUCUGGGUCUGGAAACUUGGAAUGCUAAAAGUGAAUGAUAGACGUACUGCAAUACGCAGCUAUGCAUAACAAAAUUUUUGGCUGCCAUGUCUUACGUAUUCCGCAUGGCAAACUGCGUUUUUGCAUGACAGGCAAGAGGGCCUUUUCGUGCCUAUGCAACACAGAUUCUCGAGUCAUGCCAGACAAGCAUGACAAACUCCCAUUCUUCCAGACCCAGACAUAUUUGCAUUUGAUAACCGUGGCCAGCGCGCAAUUCCAGACCAUGGCCUUCGACGUCGCCUCCGACGUGAUUCAGCGACGGUAUGCUGUGUCGAAGCGUCCCCAACCCAUACGUCAAGAUGGCAAAUCUGCAACACAAAUCUCCAAGUUUUCUGAGUUCUGCAUGACAAGUUUCAAUCUGCAGUGUAGUGCUGGUUAGCAAGCAAAGCCGCAUGAGGAAGCCAUUUAUUUCUCAUCCUGUUUACAGUAUUACAUAUGGCACACCACGAUUGGAAAUGCCUCUCAUGGAGAUGCGCAUUCCCAACGAUCCUGUCAUUGCGCAACUGCAUGACAACGCUGGGGUGGGGACGUAUUUGCUGAGGAUAGACGGCUAGCUGCGGCCAUCAUGCCGACGGUGCUGAAAAUCGAGUCGCAGCUCAGCAUAUGGAUUGCAAAAAUGUCCGGGUCUGGAAGAAUGCUGGAGUUUGUCAUGCAGAUUUUGCAUGGCCCAUGAGGUCUGUGAUGCAUGCCCGAGCAUCAGAGAUUUUGCGAGCGCUUUCUGAUGCUCAUACCGUGUGAGAAAUACCCUCCUCUCCGCGAGGCACAAACUGCACUUCUUUUGCUGUUCAUGCAAUACAGAUUCUAUGUAGAUUCCAAAAGUAGCAUGACAAGUUGCAUUCUUCCAGACCCAGACAUUUUUACAUUUGAUACAGCAAGGCGUUUGACGCCUCGUUUUGCAAAAUCUUUGGGCAGGAGUAUUGGCUUAUCACACAGAAAAAAGCUGGCAGGGCACAUCUGUAAUGCAAAAAUAAAUACACAAAAAAACCUGUAUUGCAUGUCGGAAGCAGCAUGCUAUGGGGCCACCCAUGACAAAUUUUUGUGUGUAUUUGUUUUUGCAUUACAAAUAUGCCCUGCCAGCUUUUUUCUGUGGGAUAUGGCUCCAGGCCGCCCGCGGCUCGGGCGGCCAGGACCAUAGUGACCAAUCUACAUUGAAUCGAGGCACAAUUGCAACUUCCCGGGGGCAGCAAGCCUUCGCUGCGUCGAAGAUGGAUGCUUUUUUUGUGAAGCUCCUGGCCGUUUUCGGGAACAAGAUUGAGCGGGUGACCGCCUUUCUGCAGAAGAGCAUCUUUGCCGUGAUGGGCGGCGCCUCGGCCGCCGCCGGGCUUGGCGGGUCCGUCGCGGGCACCAUGGUGGGCCGAAACAACCUGCAGACCAUGCAAGACUGGGUUGCCGCCGGCUUCGUUCUCACCUCCACAGCGGGGAUGGUUGGACACAACGCCUACUACGACAUGUCUUCCACAAAUAUCGCAAGAAAAAACUGUUUCACUGUAAAGUUGUGAUGCAUGAAAUGGAACACAGAAGAAGUAUUUGUCUUGCUACACAUGCAAGAAAGUGUAUUUUUAGCUGGGUCUCCUCUUAGGAAGCUUGCAUGGCACAUUUUCUCUGUCAUGUAGAGCGAACUUGUCAUGCAAAACCUGCAAAAUCCUUUCAGUGAAACACUUUUUUCGUACGAUAACAGACCACCACCGUGCCACAGAACGGCGAGCCAGUCCGACGGCGACGCAAUUUCUGUCCGCGGUGGCGGUCGGGGGGUCGUUGGUAAGGCUCGGCACCGAAAUUCUAUCCUAUGUGAAAACGUCCCCACCCCAUAGUUCUCAUGCUAGUCUGCAUGCUGAAAAUGUUUCUCAUGCGGAUCCCCAUGGGAAGCAUUUAUUUCUAGUGGUGUUGCGGAAUUUGUCAUGCUCCAAUCAGAAUGAUAUGCUAGAUCUGUGAUGCUGCUGAAGUAGCUAAACAGGAUUACACUACGAAAACAGACUUGUCAUGCGCAACAGCCAAAAAUGGUGGAUUUGUGUAGCAGGUUUGCCAUUUUGACUCUGGGGCGGGGACGUUUUUACACAGGAUAGAUUCACGGGCAAAUUCAGUCCGCCACGCGGCAAUUCGAAGCUAUGGUGGACAAACAGACGGACAUCCAGACCCUUCUGGCAAAUAUCAAAUGCAAAAAUGUCUGGGUCUGGCAAGUUGGAACUUGUAAUGCUAGUCUUGCAUUCCUGUGAAAUUUGUAUUGCGUGACCAACAUCAAAAGUGGCAGCCUGCUCUCACGUCAUACAAAAACGCAGUUUCUCAUGCGGAGUUCGUACGAUAAAGCGUUGUGCAGACUUGUCAUGCUUUCCUGCGUGAGGAAGUGUUUUCGUUAUGCACAGUUUAGCAUCACAAAUUUCCAGACCCAGUAGACAUAUUUGCAUUUGAUAGCAAAGAGUGUGCUGCAACAGAGCCACGCGGCGGCGAACAGCGGCGAUAAUACCCAUUUCGCUAGUGGUCAACGAACGGGCGUCGACCAGAAACAGACGAAGAUCACUCGGCGCGAGCUGCAGCAAUUUUGGCAGAGCGCGGAGGGCAAGUAUCUGCAGAAGCAGUGGGAUCGAAACUUUUCGAACAGCGAGCAGCUGGGGUUAAUUCUCGAAUCGCAGAACCAGCAGACUACCACCGUGAUGGACACGAUUGUGGAAGAAAUGGAGAAAAUUCGUGCCAGACGUGAGCAUAUGCAUUGCAAAUAUGUCUGGGUCUGGAGGAAUACAAACUUGUGAUGCGCAUUUCAGAACACAGAAAAAUCUCUCAUGCAUAGGUAGCAAAAGCUGCCCACUUUCUGUCACCAAAAUGGGGGAUUACUAUCUAAACUGCAGCAGCUGGUCAAAAAUGCAUGCGAGGGGUAUGUUCGGGGGUAUGUUCGGGGGUGUGUCAGGGGUAUGCAAAUGGCAGUCAAUCACGACCUGAAUACAAAUUUUUGGCGAAAAAGCAACAGGUGGGGUAUAAACAUACCCCAGACACACCCCAGACACACCCCAGACAUACCCCAGACAGACCCCCGAACACACCCCAGGCAAAAAGUCCGAACAUACCCCAGACACACCCCGGACACACCCCGGGCAGACUUUCCGACACACCCCGGGCAGACUUUCGGACACACGCCGGACACACUUUGGGACCUCGCCACGCGAGAUGCGCAAUGCCGGCCUCCAGUUUGUCACGCGAGCCGCCAGCCUGUCGAGCUUACCGGGCCCCGUGGGCAAGGCCCAGGGGCGAAAGGCGCCCUCGGUCAGCGCGGGGACCCAAUCCCCGCGUCAUGACCUGGGGGCCAGCUUCCUUUGGGCGCUUCCCGGACACCGUACGGCCCAGGGGCAAAAGCUCCAGGUCAGCGCGGGGACGCGGUCCCCGCGUCAUGACCUAGGGGCCAGCUUUGGGCGCUUCCCGGAAACUAACCGCGCGGCCCAGUGGCAAAAGCCCUAGGCCAGCGCGGGGACUCGGUCCCCGCGUCAUGACCUAGGGGCCGGCUUUGGGCGCUUCCCGGAAACUAGCCGCACGGCCGAGGAGCAAAAGCCCUAGGUCAGCGCGGGGACUCGGUCCCCGCGUCAUGACCUAGGGGCCAGCUUUGGGCGCUUCCCGGAAACUAACCGCACGGCCCAGGGGCAAAAGCCCUAGGUCAGCGCGGGGACUCGGUCCCCGCGUCAUGACCUAGGGGCCAGCUUUGGGCGCUUCCCGGAAACUAACCGCACGGCCCAGGGGCAAAAGCCCUAGGUCAGCGCGGGGACUCGGUCCCCGCGUCAUGACCUAGGGGCCAGCUUUGGGCGCUUCCCGGAAACUAACCGCACGGCCCAGGGGCAAAAGCCCUAGGUCAGCGCGGGGACUCGGUCCCCGCGUCAUGACCUAGGGGCCAGCUUUGGGCGCUUCCCGGAAACUAACCGCACGGCCCAGGGGCAAAAGCCCUAGGUCAGCGCGGGGACUCGGUCCCCGCGUCAUGACCUAGGGGCCAGCUUUGGGCGCUUCCCGGAAACUAACCGCACGGCCCAGGGGCAAAAGCCCUAGGUCAGCGCGGGGACUCGGUCCCCGCGUCAUGACCUAGGGGCCAGCUUUGGGCGCUUCCCGGAAACCAACCGCACGGCCCAGGGGCGAAAGCCCUAGGUCAGCGCGGGGACGCGGUCCCCGCGUCAUGACCUAGGGGCCAGCUACACAUCCGGCGCCAGCUUCUUCCUUUGUGUUCUCUUUGUUCGCGGUAGGCCAACGGGCCUAGUGUGGGCAAGCCGAGGGGCUCCGUCCGCAGAUCUGCCGCGGAUCAGGGGGCGCAGGCCACACAGAGACACCGGGCUGCAGGGGCCUGCCUGCCCAGUGCCAGCCACCACAACCCCCGAACUCGUCCCAGACAAUUGCCGGAAGGUCGCCGCACGGGGACUCUGUCCCCGUGCUCGGACCUUGUUUCUCAUGCAGAUUCAGCAUUGCGGAAGCUUCUCGAAACCUGUAAUGCUAGAGCUUCCAUGCCAGACCUUCUGCGUCAUGCAAAAACAGCAUGACUCUUUCAGACCCAGACACUUUUGCAUUCGAUAGAGCAGUACCGUUUGCAAAUCCACCAAGCGUACAUCGAGAAGAAAGUGGCGCAGCGGCUCCAGAUGACCUCGUUUUCGGCCAGCGGCUCCGUGAAGCAGCGGGAGCAGGAACAGGAGCGAGUGAAAAAACAGGUCGAAGAGGAGCUGUUAGCGGUGUACGAAAAGCAGGAGCAGCACCAGAUUCAGAUGCAAAACUUUGUUCUGGAAAAAAUCGAAGAAAAGUGCGACGCCUACCGGGAGGGGUUGCCAACCAUGCGGGAAAACUUUUACCACGGCAUGAAAAAGGCGUUUUUCGACAAGGUCUCGAAUAAGGUAAAUCACGAUGUUGUCGAGCCAGCGGUGAGCGGAUUUCUGCAGAUAUCAAAAGGAAAAAUCCGUCCUCCCCAUAUCCAAACGAAGUUUGUGAUGCUGGAUUUGAGUACACAAAUCAGAUUCGUCUUGCUGGAGAGGACAACUGCAGACCCAUAUCAAGCCUGAGUAGAGAGGCUUUUACCUAGACGCUCAGCAUGAAAAACGUCCGUGCUGUAGGCCUAACGGCAUGACAAACCGCCUGCGUAAUGCGGCGGAGCCGGUGGAGUUGCCGUCUUGCAAGACAGACGCGAGUUGUGGUCACAAAUCAGCAACCCAAAUUUUCGAAAAUCUACCCCAUCAAUAUAUAUGGGGAGGAGGGAUUUUUCCUUGCGAUAGCAGAACUCCUUUGACCGCGACGCGGCAGCGGUGAUUCAGAUUAACAGCGACGGCGACAGUAUCACAGGAAAAAAGUGUUACAGUUUACACAUUUGUUGUUGUAAUUUCAGCAUCACAAAGUUGCUCUGCAUCCUAAAGAAAACUUGUAAUGCGCAGUAGACUAGAAAGGAAACCACGCAUGAAAUGAGGCUGGCAAGCAUUUCCUGCAUGACAGAGGUUGCCUGUCUUGCUCCUUGUCUUGCAUCUUCAGAGUGUGUAUUACUGUAACACUUUUUUCUCACGAUAGACAGCAUCGGCAUCGAGGGUCCGCUGCGAACCGGCGCUUACGUCGACAGCACUGGCGGCUCCGGAACUACAGCAUUAA